AUGGCGAUGGCAAAGUUACCACCGCUCCUCGACAAACUUCCGAGCGUGCAGCACGCCCUGUACGCCGAUGAUACUACAAUCUGGGUGACCACAGGGUCAGACGGCGCCAUUCAAGACGCACUACAGGAAGCCAAUGUGUCUACAUUAAAAUAUUUGGGAGUCCAUUUAACUUCUAACCUUCCAUGGAAUGAUCACAUUGAUGAAAUAAUUUCGAAAGCAAAUAAAACACUUGGAUUCAUUAGGCGAAAUUUGUAUUUAGCAAAUCAGUCAACUAAAUUAUUAGCUUACACAGCUCCAGUUCGCUCAAAGAUUGAAUACGCUUCCAUAAUAUGGAAUCUAAAUCAGACUUACCUAAUAGACAAGCUGGAAUCUCUACAAAAUAAAGCAGCACGCUUCAUCACUAAAACAUACUCUAGAACAUCCAGCAUCACGGCUAUCAAAGAGACCCUCCAAUUACCGUCUCUAGAAACACGACGAGUGUUAGCACUGCUUUCCCACUUCCACAGAUUGUAUCAUACCCCGUCAUCCUUUACAGCAUCCCAUAUCAAACCUCCACAAAAAAUUUUCCCCCGCCUCGACCAUCCCUUCAAAGUGCGUCCUAUGUUUGCGCAUACGAAUCUCCUACGACAAUUACCGCUCUUUCUAGUUAUUUAUCACUGGAACAAGCUGCCAAAAGAAAUUGCUUCUAUACGUGAUCAUGACUCACUUGGCAAUGCUGAGUAUCCUGUGAUCGCUCCCCAGGUCCUCGAAGGUGUUCUCCCAGGUGAUUCUCCCGGCUCUCCUGCAUAG